AUGUCGCUUGUUGGAAAACCGCUAACAUACAAAAAUUACCGUACGGAUCAGCGAUUCCGAAGAAUGCAGACUAAAAUUCAUAAUUUUCUUGAACGCCCUAGAGGAUGGAAAGCGGCGGCUUAUCAUUUGGCUGUAUUACUAAUGGUACUAAUGUGUUUGGCAUUAUCGGUUUUCUCGACUAUGCCUGAUUUUGAAGACAACGCAACACUUGUUUUAUAUUAUUUGGAAAUUAUGUUUGUAAUUUGGCUAGCCGUUGAGUAUAUAUUCCGCGUUUGGUCGGCUGGUUGCCGUUCGAGAUAUCGUGGAAUUGGUGGACGUAUUCGAUUUGCUACGAGCGCCUAUUGUGUUAUUGAUAUCAUUGUUAUUCUUGCUUCUAUCACCGUUUUAUGUAUUGGAGCUACGGGACAGGUUUUCGCGGCAUCUGCUAUUCGGGGUCUACGCUUCUUCCAAAUUUUGCGAAUGUUACGUAUUGAUCGACGCGCUGGUACAUGGAAACUGCUUGGAAGCGUUGUAUGGGCUCAUCGACAGGAGCUCCUUACUACUGUAUACAUUGGAUUUUUGGGGCUUAUAUUCUCUUCGUUCUUAGUUUAUUUAUGUGAGAAAAACACAAAUGACAAAUAUCAAACAUUUGCUGACGCCUUGUGGUGGGGUGUGAUCACUCUUUCGACCGUGGGAUACGGAGACAAAACGCCGGAGACUUGGCCGGGAAAAAUUAUUGCGGCAUUUUGUGCACUUCUUGGCAUUUCGUUUUUUGCAUUACCAGCUGGAAUUCUCGGCUCGGGAUUCGCGUUAAAAGUGCAACAACAUCAACGACAAAAACAUUUAAUUCGACGUCGAGUGCCGGCCGCACGGCUGAUUCAAUGCAUGUGGCGGCAUUAUUGCGCACAACCGGAGUCUACGUCCUUAGCAACCUGGAAAAUUCACUUGGCAAGAGAACCAACUCCAAUUGUCAAGUUCACCCCAAACGGAAGCAAUUCAACUGGUCUGAUUAAUCGCUUACGUCAAAGCACCAAACGCGGCCCCAGCAAUAAUAACCAAAAUUUAUAUCCAAAUGUCGCAAGCUCAUCGAAAAGCUUACAAGUUCCUCGUCCGCAUGACAAUAUCAGUCUCGUUUCUACUUCCGAUAUUUCUGAAAUUGAGCAACUCGGCGCUCUUGGAUUCUCACUUGGUUUCAAAUCAAAAAGCAGCAAGUAUGGAUCCCGUAAAGCAAUCGAUGAUACGAUUGUUCAAAUGAGACAAACGAAUCAAUCGAAUCUAGCCACUUUUGAUGAUCGAAGACGUCGUUCCCGCCGCUCUGCAUCAUUGAGUCGCGAUGGAGCUAGCUACAAUCCAGCUACAAAUGUUUCAACGAACCCCUCCAACGAACAAUCGCCUUCUGCUCCGCGGGCUCCACUUUCUGAUGGUGAAGUUAUUGGAGACUACUCGUUGAUGAUCGGUCCGAUUUACCAAUGGGCUGAGCAACUUGGAAAAAAACGGAACAAUCCGUUUGAAGACGGUGUCUGGAGUCAAUUGACUCAGUUAACAACAUGUGCAACGAGAAGGCCCGACGACGUGUCUGACGUCGAUGAAGAGGAGACAAUCGGAUUUCAGCCUUACUCCAUCGAAGAAAUUACUCCAGUUAUGAAGAACUGUAUUCGUGCUCUUCGAAGAAUACAACUCCUAGUUGCUCGCAAAAAAUUCAAAGAGGCCUUGAAGCCGUAUGAUGUAAAAGACGUCAUUGAGCAGUAUUCUGCCGGGCAUGUCGACUUACAAAGUCGUGUCAAAACUGUUCAAUCAAAGCUCGAUAUCAUUUGCGGCAAAAAUUCGGAUAAGCUUGAAACGAAGACCUCCAUGUAUACUAGAUUGGCAAUGUUGGAAACCACGGUUGAGAAGAUUGAUAAAAAGAUGGAUCUUCUCGUGGAAAUGAUGAUGGGUCGAAGAGUUAGCCCAGUUCCGCCAAUGCCGCUUCAAUCCUUUGAUAAACCUGAAAGUUCAAGACCAGAGAUAACUCGUGCCCGUCGAUCAGUUACCAGUACAGACCUCGAAAUGUACACAGCUCGGUCUCACGGGUCUUGCUCGCCUGCUCCACAUCCAACUGUAUUAAUGGAUCCUUUAUCUGUUCUCGAUGUUGAAAGUGAAGAAGAAAAUGAGGUUACUGAAAUGACUCCAUUCGAAACUUAA